AUGGCUACGGAGUUGAUCAAAACAAUCUUCGAGCAAUGUGGACUCCCUGAUGCAUCGUUCAUCGUUGAACCUUGCUCAUCAGCUAGAACUGGGCCAACCGUAACUGACGUGUAUUUUGGUACCACCACUCGAUGUCCUGGGGUUAGGAAGAGUGAAGACCUGUCUCACAAGGCGACGACACGGCUCACCCACUUCUUGUCCUCGUGCACCCGCUGUGAUCUCAAAGUGUACGAGAUUGUUCCUUGGAGAACGUCGAUUCAGGAUCGAUACGACUUUCGACAGGGUCGGCUCCUCUCCGAUCUAGAGCUCAUGUUGACGCUAGUGUAUUCGAUGGCCAUGAAAUCGGCCCUUGGCGGAUUCAUCGCUCGUUAUCAGCCUCCACCGGAUCUGCUGCGCAUCUGCAAAGCGGCCAUUCUGGAUCUCCCGCCAAGGCCAGAAGGGAGCCGGGAUGUCGAGUUGGCUGCCAAACUAUCCCAAAUCAUAGACGAAGAAAAGGAAUUCUUCGACUAUCUCCGCGAGGAAACGAGCUACGAUGUCGGAGAAGAGAUCAGUGAUGCAUCUUUUGCGUCAGUCAAACAUCAUCUUCUCGACCGGCUCUUCUCAGUUAAUGGAGUCGCUACAUCUCUUUCGGUCCUCAGAGAUGUGACCCGGGAGGAGUUCCUGAACGAAAUCACACCAGGAUUUUUCUCUCCCCAAAAAGGCCGUGCGAUGGCCGCUCACCACCACAUGCUGGGAACGGCAUUGCAUCAAUCAAGCAUCACCAGCUCCUCAACAUCUAUGUCGGCCGUUGUCUAUUCUAAACAUG